AUGGACGGCGGCUGGUGCUGUGGCGCCGAGAGGGGGACGCGCAGGUAUUAUGUAUAUUGUGCUGGUAUUGGGCCACCAGUCCGAACUUGGCAGUUCGGACAAUAUAUCGUCAUCCGUGUGCAUCACCUUCAUCACACAAAGACCACUGUCGCCAAUGCGGGACCGGGAGGCUCGCGACAGCUUGCGACUUCGGCUGCGAGAAUGAAGCGCGCGACUGAGCAACACCACGACGAGACCUGCCUAGUAAAGCGCCGGCGGGGGCGUAGCGGGCUUGAUGAGCUAGGCGCGCGGACUGUUAGCUGUGGAGUGUCUCUGGAAUGUCCUGAUUCGAGAGUACAUCUGCCUUGA